AUGUCACUGAAAGAAACAAACGUCACUGAAUUACACGAAAGAUUCUCCAUCCCACAAUUGCAAAAGCUUGGAAUAAUAUUAAGCUCACUUCGAGUCUCUGGAACAAGAUCUGGUCUUGGUGGUCAAACUUUGGUUGAUUUUGAAAGUGGCGUUGGAGGCCAGAACGCGUUACCAACUCAUACAUUCCGUGUUGGUGAUAUUGUCGCUGUUGAAGAACAUGUGUCGAAAACUGUUUCCAAGAAGGCUGCUACUGCUACGACAUCAGAUACGAGAUUGUCUGGUGUCGUGUAUCGUCUGAAUGAUCAGGUUAUUACGGUUGCAUUCAAGCAGGAUUGGACGGAUGAGUUUCAGAUCUGUAAAAUAUCGAAACUUGCAAAUAACGUCACUUAUGAAAGGAUGACCUCCGCACUCAAGACCCUGAAAUCAGUAGACCCAAAUUCAUCAUCCCUCGUCUCAGUGCUAUUCGGCCUUGAGAAACCUUCCUUCGAAACCGCUCCCACCAUCACAUACCUAGACACAUCGCUGAACGAGUCCCAAAAGCAAGCAGUCCUGUUCGCUCUAAGUGCAAACCACGUCGCACUAGUACACGGUCCACCUGGAACAGGCAAGACACAAACCUGCGUCGAGAUUAUACGGCAACUGGUUUCUCGAGGUGACAGAGUGCUAGUAUGUGGGCCAUCGAAUAUAUCAGUUGAUAAUUUAGUAGAGAGGUUGUCGAAGGCUAGGAUUGAGAUGGUUCGGGUGGGACAUCCUGCGAGGAUACUGGCUUCAGUGUUGGAUCAUUCGCUUGAGGUUCGAAUAAAGACCUCUGAUGAAGGACAACUUGUAACAGAUGUUCGCAAGGAUAUUGAUUCUCAGCUUGCUGCUGCUAGUAAGAGCAAGUCUCGGCAAGAACGUCGACAGAUUUAUGCAGAUGUGAAAUCGUUGAAGACUGAGCUUAGAGCUCGAGAAGCAAAAGUCAUGGACGCCAUUGUCAGAAAGGGACAAGUGAUACUCUCUACAUUGUCUGGAGCUGCCAGUCGAGUAGUUGAACGAGAGAAAUUUGAUACUGUUGUCAUUGAUGAAGCCUCCCAAGCACUUGAACCAGAAUCAUGGAUUGCGUUACUCAAAGCUAAACGAGUCAUUCUUGCAGGAGAUCAUCUUCAAUUGUCGCCGACAAUCAAAUCUACGCCGAGCAGUAAAAAGAAGUCAUCGCCACUAGAAACCACUCUGUUUGAUAGGAUGCUAGAGAUGUAUGGUGAUUCUGUGAAGCGGAUGUUGAAAGUGCAGUAUCGAAUGAAUGCCAAGAUUAUGAACUUCUCGUCCCAUGAAUUCUAUCAUGACGAACUUAUCGCUGAUAAUAGUGUGAAAGAUGGGCUCUUGUCUCAGCUUGCUGGGGUUAAAGCUACAGAUGACACUACAGUACCCGUUGUAUUCAUCGAUACAUCAAGCUCAGACCUCCGCGAAACCAGUGAAGCCGAAGACACGAAACUCAAAGACCUCUCUGAAUCCAAACUAAACGAAGGAGAAGCCGACCUCGUAGUCAAACACGUUGACUCUCUCGUACAAGCAGGCGUAAAGAGCUCCGACAUUGUGGUCAUAUCACCAUACUCUGGCCAAGUAUCCCUGCUACGGACCCGUCUCCGAGAGACAUAUCCCGAUCUGGAAAUAGGUACAGUCGAUGGUUUGCAGGGACGUGAGAAGGAAGCGGUCGUGCUGUCCCUUGUGCGGAGUAACGAAGAUGGUGAAGUGGGGUUCUUGUCUGAUUCAAGGAGGCUGAAUGUGGCAUUGACGAGAGCCAAGAAGCAUUUGUGUGUUAUUGGGGAUUCAGAGUGUAUUGGGAGGAAGAAUGCGUUUUUGAAGAGAAUGGCUGCGUACCUUGAAGAGCAUGGUGACCUUCGGUAUCCGUUGUGA